UCUUUAUCAGAUCCAGUCAUGAAACUAAAGGCCUUCUGACUCCUGACUGCUGGUUUUAUAGCACUCUUAAUUAGUGACUGCCCAGAGAGGCCACAAGUAGGAGGACUAGUGUCUUGACUAAAGGUGAAUCCUGGAUUCUGUCACACUUUGACAGGAAAUGACUACAUGAGCAAUCACUUCCUUCCAAAACUACAUGGCUCAAUAGAUGUGUGACAGCCAUGUUUUGUUUUUGUUCUUUUUAAAUUCUUUAUUUUUCGUUGUGCAGAAUAGUCCAAAAAUGCCUGUAAUAACAUGACAGCAGAGGACAGGAAUUGCUGCUUGUUCAGCUAGUGCGGUUCCGCCGAUGAGGUUGGCCGCAGCUCCUGGUCAGGUCCACACUAGUAGUAGCUUGGAGCCCCACAGCCACUGACAGCAAGAGUGCUCCGGGGAGGUUUCCAGCCAUUCCCAGUCGCUAUCAGUCAGUCACCAGAAGAAUAAAGUCCGCCAGUUAUCAAAAUUAGAAGCUAGAAAGCAAGAUUUGUGAGGAGCUCCUGUUUCAUGCGUCUGUUCAGCAUGGCUGUCAAGACCCGUCCCUGUAUGACAGCCAUCUUAACUCAUUUGACAUCACAUUAUUCCAUGGACCACUAACAGGGCUGGAGAAGGGAAGCAAGGAGACUCACUGCUGUACACCAGACACAAGAAAAAAAAAAAACUAACUUUAACUGCUUUUGGUAUUCAGCCUGACAGUACAAAUGAGGACCAUUAAUACACCUUUAUGAAGAAGGUGAAAAAAAGAAAUUAAAGUGUAAUCAGCGUGCAAGUGAGAUCCCCGUUUUUACAUGCGACAGGGUUGAAAAUAUGUUAAGAUGCACACUUUUCACAGAGUGUGCCUUUGAUCCAGCAAUCCAUACUUUUCUCAAAAAUAGAAGGGGACCCAGAAUGGAAUCUUCAGGACAAGUUAAAAGGACUUCAUCAUGAACAUAUUGUGCCUUUAAUACUGUAAGGAGACAGAUUUUCUCAUCAAUACUGUAUUCUCUCCCGGCAAGCUGGGUAGCACCACGAUCCUCCCCCGUGGCGCUUUGGCCAUGGGGGUUGCACGUGCCAUCCGUCGGUUCAGUGCAGAUAUUCCAGCUCCACUACGAGAUGAGGAGGAAUCAGAAUUAACACAGAGCAUGAGGACACCUAACUACCGUAAUGGGAAAGUACAUACAAAGCAAAUCCGUCAGCGUAGCCGUUUUGUACAGAAAGAUGGUCAUUGCAAUGUAGAGUUUAUUAACCUCAGUGAAAAGAGCCAACGCUACUUGACUGACCUCUUUACCACAUGUGUGGACAUACGCUGGAGAUGGAUGUUUCUGAUUUUCUCCUUUACAUUUGUGGUUUCAUGGCUCAUAUUUGGAUUAACGUUCUGGCUUAUCGCCUCAUUGCACGGAGACCUAGCACCACCACCAGAACCUGGCUCUGAGGAGACCCCACCUUCUCCAUGUUUUCUCCAAGUUACAAGCUUUAUGGCAGCCUUCCUAUUUUCCUUAGAAACUCAAACCUCCAUUGGCUAUGGAUUCCGAAGUGUGACAGAGGAAUGCCCAUUGGCAGUGUUAACUGUGGUGUUGCAGUGCAUUGUGGGGUGCAUUAUUGAUGCCUUCAUUAUUGGAGCCAUCAUGGCAAAAAUUGCCAAACCAAAAAAAAGGAAUGAAACAUUAGUUUUCACUGAAAAUGCAGUUGUCGCUCUUAGAGAUGGAAAAUUAUGUCUCAUGUGGAGAGUUGCAAAUCUACGGAAAAGCCACUUAGUGGAAGCACACGUUCGGGCCCAAUUUCUUCAGCCUCGGGUGACCCCUGAAGGAGAGUACCUACCUCUGGAUCAUACAGAUAUCAAUGUAGGGUUUGACAGUGGCACGGACAGAAUCUUCCUGGUAUCUCCAAUAACCAUUGUUCAUGAGAUUGAUGAAGAAAGUCCCUUGUAUGAAUUUGGAAAAGCAGAACUGGAAGCAGCUAACUUUGAGGUGGUUGUUAUCCUUGAAGGCAUGGUAGAAGCUACAGCCAUGACCACUCAAUGCCGCAGCUCUUAUCUUCCAAAUGAGAUUAUAUGGGGUUGCAGAUUUGAACCAGUCCUCUUUGAAAAACGGAAUCACUAUGAAGUAGACUACUUGCACUUUCACCGCACUUAUGAGGUGCCCACUACACCCACAUGCAGCGCCAAAGAGCUAUCCGAAAGCAAAUAUUCAGUGGUUGGACGUAGUUCAUUCUGUUAUGAAAAUGAAGUGGCACUUAAUUGUAUUUGCGAUGAAGAGCUACCUGCUCUUGUGGACACAAAACUAUCUACUCCAGAAAUUUCACUUGAGUUAGACAUGCUUAGGGUAGGCGAUCCUCUUGAAGAAAUAUUAUUAACAUGAUUUUGCUAUCAUUGGUUUGACGGUCCAUGUUGAGUAUGACUGUUGAAGAUUAAUAAUAUAACAAAAAAGAAAAGCAGUUCCUGAAAUCAAGGAACACUGGAGGUUGAUGUUCUCAGAUAAAGCACUGUGUACUUUUUAUUACCAUUUUUAAGCAAAGAUAAAUACACAUUGGUAAAGAAGAGAUGUUAUAGUUGCAGGACAGGUGCUCUGAUUAAGUAAAUCUGACGUGGAUGCUCAGCAUCUUUCUUUGAGGAAAUGGUCAAAGUGAAAAACAGUAAUUUACGCUAUGAUAGUUGUUGCUUUAUGUUAUCUUCUUAGCAAAAGCUGCUUAUGUACCUUGUUUGGUGACCCUUAGUCAAGGGUUUAAUGUUCAUGUGUCAUACAGAUGAAACAUAACUGAACAGAAAUAGCCAGUAAUGUUCUCAGCAAUGUGAAAAUCCAUCUAUACCAUGGGUGUCCAACCUUUUGGCUUCCCUGGGCUGCAUUGAUCACAAAGGAAUUGUCUUGGGCCACACAUAAAAUCUAUAAUAUAAUUAAUUAAAAUAAUACAACUUAAAAACCCAUUUUAUUAAUUGUGUUUAGUAGAUAACUCCCUUAUUUGUUAUCUGUAUGUGGAAUUGCCAUAGUUAAGGAUACCAAAUUAAGAAGAUAUCUACUAAAUACAUACACAUGGACACAUAACCACAGAUAUACAUACACACACAAUCACAAACCUAUACACACACAUAAUCACAGACACACACAUACACUCACAGACCUAUGCGCACAAUAACAAAUAUACACACACAAUCACAGAUCCACACACACACAAUCACAGACCUAUACACAGUCACAUACGCACACAUAAUCACAGAUGUACACACACACAGACAUGCACAUACUAUCACAGACCUAAACACACAAUCACAUACAUACACACACACAAUCACAAACCCAUACACACAUACAAUCAUGUACCUAUACACACAAUUACAAAUAUACACACACACACACAAACACGGACCUAUACACACAGUCACAUACAUUUACACACAUAUACACAUACACACACACACACACACACACAAGCUCACUGACACACACAUGUUUACUACAUACAAGCUCACAAUAUACCAGCUCACCGACACACACACAUUCUCACUACAGACAAGCUCACUUAAACACACACAUAUACAAGCUAGCUCACUAACAAGCACAUAUACAAAAGGUCACUGUCAAAUUUGCUGAAGCUUACCUGGCACUGAAGACUGUGGGAGCCAUUUCUUGACCUCUUCCUGCUUGAGUGCCGGGGUGGAGCUUGCAACUGGGGCAUGACUUAUGUGCAGGAGGUGGAGCUUGCAUGCGGGGGUGGAGCAUGGACAGAGAAUUGCCAAAAAUUGUAAAGGGAGCCUCAGAGGUCUCCCUCUGGCCGCCAGCACCACAUUCAUUGAUCCCCUCGAACUGACACAGGUCGUCACAGUGCAAGGGGAAAAUUAUUUAAAUGGCAUAUUUUUUAUUUUUAAGCUGUCUGCCUGGGUGGGCCAGUCCAGUCCCUCUCUACCCAGACUGUAACCGGGCCGCACUGCUAGCUGUCCUGGGCCGCAUGCGGGCCACCGGUUGGACUCCCCUGAUCUAUACACACACUUGUUUAAUCCCACCUCAAGAAGGAUAGCUUUUUGUUCUAAUUAGGAGAACAUUGUAACAACUUCUGUGAAGUGUAGACUGAAUUGUCUCAUUUUUAAAACAUAGAUACAAAAAUAUUUGCGGUGAAACAUGGAUAAAAAAUACCCAUCAAAUCGAUUCGGAAUCACUCAUUUUAUGCCACCUAGAAUAUAGCGGCAACUUUUUUGUUCAUAUGAUGUUGUAAUCAAAAUAUAACUACACAUUUUCUUUAUGGGGUAAACAUUAAUUUCAUAUGAAAGAUAUUGGCAAGAAAUAGUUCACAGGGUUUUAUAUAUGCACAAGAGAACAAGUGAUGCUGGUAAAAAUAAUUAAAAUUGAUUAGAUUAAUCUUUACUCAAAAAACCACUAAUGGUGACAUCAUAAAAUGUGCAUAAAAUUAGAACAAAAAAAACUUCACUGUGAAAUAGCCUCAUGGAAGGACACUUCAAAUUACAAUAUUAAAGGAAUAAUGGAAAUAAAAAAUAGACAUCAACAGAAGCAAAAAGGGUCCUACAGAAAUAUUUCUGCAAAUUACCGAUUACGCAAUAUUGAA